GCAUCUCCCCACUGUCGCUCAGUUAGUGACGUGGAUUUUCAUUGAGCCAGCAUCUACUGCGAGAAUCAGUCUCUCUAAUCUUACAGAGCCUUCCUUCCAACUUUUUUUUUACACAGUUACGAGCCGAACCACUCGCUUUUUUCCGCCGUUUUUCACUCUUUACCACAGCUGUGCCGGAGCUAUCGUGACAGCACAGCCUCGAAAAUGAGUAAAAACAGCAAAGUGUUGAACCUGAAGGAUAAAAUCUGUGGGAAUGAAGUGGACCUGAGCUUGUGUAACCUCACAGAGGUGCCAGUCAGGGAGCUGGCUCUGUUCCCCAAGGCAACUGUUGUGGACUUGUCUUGCAACAACAUUACCUCCCUUCCUCCAGAGUUCUGCAACCUGACCCACUUGGUGAAGGUGGAUCUCAGUAAAAACCAGCUGACCAGUCUGCCCGAUGACCUGGGGAACUUGGUGAACCUUCAGCAUCUGGACCUGUACAAUAACAAGCUGACAACGCUUCCAGUGAGCUUUUCUCAGCUCAGGAGUCUGAAGUGGUUGGAUCUGAAGGAUAACCCGCUGGAGCCUGGCCUGGCCAAGGCAGCAGGAGACUGUCUGGAUGAGAAGCAGUGCAAACAGUGUGCCACUAAGGUUCUGCAGCACAUGAGAGCCAUUCAGGAGGAUGUUGAUCGUGCACGAGAGAAACAACUUUUAAAAGAAAAAGAGUUGGAAAGGAAGAGGGAGGUGAAGCAGAGAGAGCGGGAGGCCAGAGAGAGGGAGGCUCACAAACGGAAGAAGGCGGAGGAGAAGGAGAAGAGGAGGAAAGAGUACAACGCUCAGAUGGCAGCAAUGGCUGCACAAGAGCAACACAAGAAGAAAAGUGAGGAGAAGAAGAAAAAGAACGGACAGGCUGCAGCAGAAAAAAAGGUCGCCGUGGAAUCGAAACCUAAACCUCACCGUUCUCACACUGGCGUGAUUUUCAAGCUCCUCCUCCUGCUGCUUGUGGGAUUGGCUGGGGUCGCCGCUGUCUGCCGGCUGACCGACCUGCAAAGGGAAGCUUUCUGUCUGCCAAUAAACGCCGCAGUGAACGACGGCCUAUCCUGGGCCAAAGAGCAGCAGGUUGUGGUCAAACAACUGGUGCAAAAUCUGUCGUCUGCAGCAAAAGAGUUUCUUGAAUCCACGCAGACGUCUAAGAACUAAAUACUCAUGCCUCCACUGAAGCUCAGAGCACCAGGUUUUCCACUAUCACCUGUGAACUGUUUGAUUUUUUUUUUUUUCUUUUUCUUUUUUAAUAAUACGAGAAAUCAUGAGUCUCUUUAGAGUGGGUAACCCUGCAUCCCAUAUUUGUGAUGCAGGGGAGAGGAAAGGUCUGUACAGAUAAACGACAAUGGGACAGGUGUGUGAAAACCAUCUUAAAUUCCUAUGGAAUUGUUGUCUCCCUUGUACCCUCUUUGUACUACAGCAUGUUUUGUUUUUUAAAAAAAGUGAUCAUCUUAAAUUUCUGCCUGUCGACCAGGUUUUGCACUUUGACCAGCAGCCACCUGGUUUGUGUUUUCCGCGUGCAUUACAUGGAGCGCAGGUUGUAUUUGAGAGAUGUUCAGUGAAGUGUCAGGGGGCCCUGUCUGUGCUGCACCAGUCACAUAUUAGCUGCCAGUCACAGUUGUGCAUUUUCCAGUGUUAUUUGUGGCGCAGUCUGAGCAUGUGCAGUAAAGGCUGUAUGAAUACAAAGCCUUCUCCUACUUUCUCGUCUUAAAUCUGUCAGUCCUGCUAAAUUUUACAGUCCGGAGCCCAAAUGAUAUAAGUGGAUUUAUCUUAUUUUAUUUAUCUUAUCACAGCUAUUACUAUAACAGGCACAUACAGUAUGUCAGCAGGUAACUACACUUUCAAUCACACAAACACCAAAGAUAUCAGGUAUUUAAGAAAAAGUGUCGGUACUAUCCAGCAGAGAGCAAAACAUCUCGUUUGGUACAUCCUGUUUCAUGCUUACAGAUCUUUAAAACGAGCACCACGAGACUGCGUAAAUAGCCAAGCCUGACAAUUUCCUCCAAGUAUGGACUUCAGUCCCUUAAUCUAGAUCAGUUUGUUUUAAAUUUCUGGAGAGGAGGGGAAAAAAAGGCCAGUAGCCACUUCCCAAAGUUGAAUUUGAUGUCUUCCAUGUCACUCUAAAGCUCUGCUUAUUAAUUUAUGAUCAUUUAUGACAAACAAAAGCAGCAAAUUGGAAACAGAUUUUGCUUGAAAGGUCAGCGUGUGGAUAACUUAAAAAAAAAAUCAUUUCAGUUCUGCUACAAUUUAAAACUCUUAAUGGCUAUCUGAAUUGAGCUUUAAAAAUAUGUUAGCCAAGCCCUAGGCAUCCUUCUGCUGUUAAAACAGACCAUACAGAUCAUUUUGGAUAUGAUGGCCCUUUUGCCAGAAAUUCUGUGCACAUUGUAUCAAUUAGUAUAUUUUUCCUGCUUCUCUACUAUCAGUUGUUUCUCAUUAAUUUCUGUCUGUUCUGAAGAGAAUUAAGCAGACUUUUAGUUCUUAACUGUGUGAACUGUAAAUCUGCAUUGAAACCAGACAACCAAUAAACAAGCUUUGAAACUGUC